AUGAUGUGGCAGCAUUUCGAGAACUAUUUCGCAAAAGCUUUGGAUGAUUGGGCGACAAAAUCUAAUGGUGUCUCGUUUUUCGGUAUAAUUCACUACAUCAAUUCCACUUUUCCAAAAGAACUGAAGGGAAGGAAAGAUGCUUUUCCAAAAGAACUGCUGGCCUUAGAAGACUUUACAAACACCAGUUGCACAUCUAAAAAUCGAGAGCAGGUGAGCAUGGAUUCUGAUCGAGUGAUUGCUUUUGUACUCGAUGCGGCUAACAAAAGAAGAAUGGGAAUAACUGAAAAUAGCAUUGGCGAGUGGAUUCCAUCUAUCAGCUACAUCUCGUUUUCACAGCAGGCG